AUGUCGAAAACUAAUGAUGUUGCGUGUACCAUUAGUGCUAAGCAAGGAGCUGAAGGGUACAAUGGAGAAAAGCUAAUCAGUGCUGCUGCUUCAAGAAAUAAAGAUCCUAUACUACAAGUAUUAAAAAGGUUUAUCAUCUGUGAUACUGAUCAAGUUGAAGAUGAAAGUCCAUUGUUUUUGGAAAUUUCAUCAGGAACUGGCCAACAUGUAGCACAUUUUGCACCACAUUUUCCUGGUGUUAAAUUUCAACCAUCAGAAGUUGACCAACAUGUAUUUGGAAGUAUAUCUUUUUAUGCCUCUAGCUGUCCAACUAAAAAUAUUCUUAAACCUAUAUUAAUUGAUAUUCAAAAUAAACUUUCACAAUAUGGAUUUGAAGAAGGAUCCAUUGACUACAUGUUUAAUGCUAAUAUGAUACACAUUAGUCCUUUUGAGUGUACUAUUGGUUUAUUUCAAAAUGCUGGCGCUUUUUUAAAACCUGAAGCUCUCAUGAUAACUUAUGGUCCAUACAGUAAAGAUGGUAUCAUAGCACCUGAAAGUAAUGUAGCUUUUGAUGCAUCACUGAGAGCAAGAAAUCCUUUAUGGGGAAUAAGAGAUAUCAAUGAUUUGAUUAAAUUAGGAGAUGAAAAUAAUUUAUCUCUAAUAGAUACUAUAGAAAUGCCAGCAAAUAACAUGACUUUAAUAUGGAAGAGAGAU